GUUUGACAACUCUGCCUCUAGCUUUCUCGAAGUUACACAACAGUGUUGGACACUAGGUUGGACUGGACAUCACACAGUGAAAACGAAUGGAUCUAUUGGCUAUAUGUCACUAUUGGAGUCGUUUAUGAGCAUUAUCGCAACUUCCUAAAAGUGAGUUUGCUCGGUGGGGUACACAAUGCAAGAAUCAUGAAUGUUAAUGAGGAUCUUCCCUCGCUGAUCCUCCUAUCCUAUGCACCUCAGAACAUGACCACACAGGUACUCUCUGUCAGUGAUGAUGACACAAAGACGUUGCUGUCAUGGUCGUCUCAAUACUUGGAUGUGACAAAAAACAAGCUUGCAACAGUAGAUGAUGAGAGCACGAAUAUUUCUCCCAACGCCUCGUCAGGCUGUGCCGACGCUAACACUGAAACGUCAUCACAGCCGCUCCCACUGUUGUCAGUGAGGCUGCAGGACUGCAGACACAAACUGGGACCAGAUGGAGUCUGUAUUGUACUCAAGGAGGACAUACAAGCAGAAGAUGGGAUUAUUCAAGAGGAUGGGGACAGCAAUGUCCCUGAUGAUGACAGCUGUGAGUCCUUGUCUGAUGAUGCACGGGAUGCAAUGGCACAAGAGAAAAGUGAAAAUGCAAACCAGAAAAUGCGUGUUGGAAAGUUGGAGACUCAGAAAGGUCCCACAGAGUCCGACAGGCACGGUCGUAAUAAGGAGAAGAUUCCUCUGAAGAAACUCCACAAGUGCAACGACUGCGGGAAGGUUUUGAGGUGCGCGGCCAAUCUACGCGACCACUGCCGAAUCCACACCGGAGAGAAACCCUACAGCUGUGCCAGGUGUGGGAGAACAUUCGCCCUGCCCACUUACCUCCGGGCCCACCUCCGAAGGCACGACGGCGCUAAAUCCAAACUUAACUCGCACUCGGCUAAAGAAGAAGUACAAGGACGGGAUCAGAGGAAGCCCACGGCGACCGCGCACACGUGCGACGAGUGUGGCAAGAGGUUGUCCUCAUCGUCAAAUUUACGCACACAUCAGAGAAUCCACAGGGGAGAGAGGUGGUUCACUUGUGCACUCUGUGAGAGGAAAUUUCUCCAGUUGGGAAACCUCAAAGCGCACCAAAUGUGGCACGCUCAAGAGAGGCCACACCAGUGUCCUCAUUGCCCAAUGUCCUUUAUAGCGAUGUCAAAACUCAGGGUACAUAUCAGGAUGCACACAGGGGAAAAGCCAUUUGCCUGCAGCUAUUGCUCAAAGACUUUUUCUAACUCAAGCUCCCUCAAGUCUCACGUGACUAUUCACACGGGGGAAAUGCCUUACCAGUGUUCAAUCUGUGAGAGGAGGUUUAGAUCCUAUCCCAACUUGAGAAUUCAUGAGCGAUCCCAUACUGGAGAAAAGCUGUAUCUCUGUUACAUCUGUGGUGUUGCAUUCAGGACAUCUACACAGCUCAAAGAGCACCAGCAGACGCACACGGGAGAGAGACCACACCAGUGCUCCGAGUGCGGUAAAAGUUUCGCCCGGCUGUUGACUCUCAAAAGACACCAGCUCUGUCACUCCAGGGAGCGGCCCCACCUGUGUGCCAUCUGCGGUAAGACGUACACUCGCGUGGAGACGCUCAGGACGCACCAGAGGGUCCACACCGGAGAGAAACCUUACAGCUGCUCCAUCUGUGGGGAGAGUUUUGGCUACCUUAAGAGUCUACAUGGCCAUCAGAAACGAGAGCACAGCAUGGGGUAG